UUUUUCAUUCACUUAAUUGUUGCAUUAUUUUUUAAUGAAGGUAGAAUGAGAUCUUGAUUGGGGAUGGAAUAAUAUGUAUAAAUCAGAUGGUUAAGUAGAGUGUUAGAGGCUGAAAUUAAUGUUACUUAAAGAUGCUUGGGAGCGGAGCUGGAAGCACAUUCUACUUUAAACAGUUUAACCUGAUUAAGAAACUAAAAUAUUCUUGCUAAUUUGGAAAAUACACUUGAUGUUUAAAAUUUCCUAAAAGGUAGCUGCCCUCCUACCUUUAUGAUGGAUUAUUGGAUGAUCUCAGUCAAAAAGCCUAGUUAUUACCAUAAGAAAAAGUCCUGCAAGAAAGCACAUGUUGCCACUUUACUCAUUAUUGAAGUGCCCUUAUGACUGUCAGAGAAAACAGGUAAGAUGCUAGGGGAGGCAGAGAGAGAGAUCAAAGUGUUUUGUUUACUUCUUUGAAAUCUUGUAGUACUGACUAUUUACUGUGCAUACUUCUUGAUUCAUGCUGAAAAUUGGAAUUCACCCAUGUCUCUCUUUUUCCUGUCUAAGAUGCAGAUUGGGCACAUUUUGUUAACUCCAUCAAUCCCUGCCCCCACACAUUAGCGCAUGCACACGUAUACCUAGCCAGUGGAAAAGAAAAAAGAGUUACUCACAUUCAUCCAUUUUACAAAGAUUUCCAGGCUGCAAUGGGAGGGCUUUACCUCUCCCUGAAGGAUGAAUAAAUAGGUAGCUUUUCUGACAACCUGUUCACAGACUGAAAACUGAGACCAAGGUCUUGCUCUACUGGCACUUAUGAGAUCCACUCCUGGCAACAUGGAGAGAAUAGUCAUUUGCCUGAUGGUCAUCUUCUCUGGGACAGUGGCCCAUAAGUCAAGCUUCCAAGGGCAAGAUCGCCUCUUUAUUAGACUGCGUCAACUUAUAGACAUUGUUGAUCAGCUGAAAAACUAUGUGAAUGACUUGGAUCCUGAAUUUCUGCCAGCUCCAGAAGAUGUAAAGAGACACUGUGAGCGGUCAGCUUUUUCAUGUUUUCAGAAGGUUCAACUAAAGUCAGCAAAUAAUGGAGACAACGAAAAGAUAAUCAACAUAUUAACUAAACAGCUGAAGAGGAAACUACCUGCCACAAAUGCAGGGAGAAGACAGAAACAUGAAGUAACAUGUCCUUCUUGUGAUUCUUAUGAGAAAAAACCGCCCAAGGAAUACCUAGAAAGACUGAAAUCACUCAUCCAAAAGAUGAUUCAUCAGCAUCUGUCCUAGAACACAUGGGAUAUGAAGGUUCCUGAAGAUCUCACUUGAAGCCGGACACUAUAUUGCAUACUUUAACACAGCCGUGAAACUCACUUCUUGGUAUUCCAAGUGGACAAGUACAAUGCAUAAGUGAUGGGGGGAACACUCAGAUGUGUGUUCAAGGUCAGGAUUAUUUCUCCAAAAUCACUAUGCAGUACUUCGGUUUGAUCUACAUGCUCUGUUUAGUCAACUUGAAAAAAUUUUCUACUCAAUUUGAGUCUGAUUUCUUAUGUUAUAGAUUUCUAUGGCUUCUAAAGUUUUUACUUUAUCUUACUGCUCAUCUAUGACACUUCUUGGAGAAGCUUAAAAAUUUUAACCAAAAAUUCAGUUUGGGAAUUUGUUGAUCUUAUAUUAACCUUGAUCUUGAUUGCAAAAAGAAUGAGGUUUCUGAUGAUCAGAACUUAGAAGGUAUAAUACCUUCACUCAAUCUGAAAAAUAUAGAAGCAUAGGGUGAAAAUAAAAGUUGAAGCCUCUGUACUUUUAAGUGUUUAAAAUCGAUAUCUGACUAAGUGUUUAAAAUAGAUAUCUGAAGAGGUUUUUUUUUUUUUAAAUCUCAGAAUGUCUAACAUAUAAAUAUAUGAUUUAUUUAUGUACCUGGGGGAUAGCUUUACCAGAUGGCUCCCAAAGUUUUGACUUCUUCAUUGGAAUCUGUCAAAAAUAUUUUAAUACUAUACAUAUGAAUGUAUUUAUGGAAUAGACUCUUCUGGACUUUUUUCCUCUAAAUGGAUAUAAUAGUACCUUCCCCAACUCAAGUCCCUUUAUAAGUUAACAUUCUAAGCCUUUGGAAAUGGCAAUUAAAAUUGGACAUACAUUAGAUGGUCUUCUGGAACUAAACAGAAUUUAAAAAAAUCUUGUAGCUCUCUUCUUAAAUUGUUAUAAAGACUGUAUGGGAGUGAGCUUAUAAUACCAAAUGUUUGUUUCCUUCUUCCUUUCUGCUUUUUAAACAGACAGAUAUUUCGUGUUUGUAUGCUCUGCAUAAGGCAAAUUCAGUCACCUAUACAAAGUCAAGAUCAGAAGACAAAUCAGGAGUCCAGGACUCCUAGUAGAAAACAGACUUUUGCAUAAGCAUUCCAAUCUUUACUAUCAAUCAUGGGUAGUGAAAACAAGCAACCUGCUCUAACUGCCAUUUCAAGUGCACAUCAAGUCCAGCAGUUUAUUUAAAUAUAAAGUUAAAAACGCUAGAAAAAUUUUCACUAGAAUGUUAUAAGCUAUUUGAAAAUCUCUUAUUGUUAAAGUAGCUGUGAGUGUGCAAGAGGACAUUGUAUGGAAAAUGCUUUACACUCUUAAGAAGAAAAUGAUCUACUUAAAAAUAGUUUUUGGACAAGUAUAGAUAAUUUAUGGUUCUAAAAUGUAUGUUAGGAAUCCAUAUUUCAUCAACUCUCAAUGAGAUGUGUGAUCAUCAGAAACAGGGUGUUCUGUUUUAAGUUUUUAAAAUGUUAUUACAAAGAAAUCAUAUGCAUUGUGAUCAUAAUAUGCAUGUAAAGCAUGCCUCAGCAUCAGGCCAGGUUGUUGGGAAACAGUGGAAAGUGUUAGCAUGAAUUUGACUUGGGAAAGAUGGAGUCCUUAUUUCUAAUUUCUGGCUUUAUAGUUGUUGGUUUCUUUGAAACUGUGAUUUUAUAUUUAAAACAAUGUAUUUAUUUUGGUGUGUUUACUGUUAAAAAUCUGUUUUAAUCCUUUUGACCAGAAAUUCUACCUUAAAAGUAAAAAUAAUUCAAUGGGGCGAGUUUUAAACUGAGUUUAAAGAGUCAGGUAAAGAUCCUGGCAACAUCCCAGGGAAAGCAGUGCAUCAGAAUGGACAAGAUGAAGAAGUGAGACUCAAACUGCUCCAUCUUCACUACUCUGUGUUCAAGACCAGCCCUCCCAAAGGAUCUGGGGCUGACCUGUCACAAUUGCUGUUCACCUAUAGAUGGUGGUACAGGAGACCUGAAAUCUCACUGGAUAUGAAGUUAUGGUCACUUGCUUAAAUUGUUUUGGUUCCCAUCUCUUUAUCUGUACAAUGAGGGUGUUGGACUUAGUCUCUAAGGAAUAUUCUAUCUUUUUUGAGCUUUAUAUGUCUAUGAGUCUCUAAAGUUCUGGAUACUCUCACAGGAACAUCUGACCACAACUCUGAGUAAAACUUUCUACUGAACCGAUCAUUUGUUCAACAUUAUUUCAACAGCGUUUUUAGCAACACUUGCUGCAGGAACAAGGGAUAUGUUUCAAAAAAAAAAAAAAAAAAAAACAAACAAAAAACCGGGAAAGAAGGAAAAUAGAAGGGAGAAAGAAAGAAGGCAGGAAGAAAAAAGAAAGAGGUUUCUCUAGGUCAUGGGGGUUCAGGGAAAAUUAAUCAUGACUUUUACUAUUUUAGCUGAAAGUGUCUUCUUUGGACACAUAAAAUUAUAGCAUUAUUAUUCUAUAUUAUUGCUCUGUUGUAUUAUUACAUUUGCAUCUGAAAAUUUAGCUUUAAUAUGAAUUAUGUACUUUAUAAUUUAAUGAUUAUUUAUUAUAUAUUUGGUUUUAAAUGUUUAUGUUCAUGGCUUCUUAUUUAAGACCUGGUCAUAUUAAAUACUACCCAGUCAGUACAACUGUCUUUUGUGAUUCCCUGGAAACCUGUAAUUUAAGUUUCAGUAGAAAAUAAAAGAUGAUCCUUA